UUUUUUUAAAUCGUUAGUAGUGUAGAAUUUUUUUCCAGUCCAGUUACAAGUAUUCAGAAAUUUUUCAUAAGCCAAAAUUUCUCAAUCUGUUCUUUAUUUUUAUAAUACUCAGCUGUAAAUAUGUUCUCUCGAGGAUUAAAUAUCAAAAAUCAGCAGCGUGCGUUUGUGUGUGGCCUUUUGUUGCGCAACAUUUCGAAUAUUUUCCGAAGGAUGCCAAUGGCUUCCAAACAAAAUAAUUUCAAUUGGCCAACACUCCAGAGAAUUCGGAAUAUCAAAGAUGUCGAUGUAAAGGAUGAGAAGCCCUAUUCCACAUACAAAGUGGACAAUUAUCGUGCCCACGAAAUGUGGCAGAAGGCCAGAAUUGGUGCACGUGAGCAGCAGAACAGCCUUCGUGGCCAUCAGCCGGCCAAUUCCGACGUAAAAUCCGAUUCGGAGGAGAUCAUCAGUGCCCUGAACAAAGUCCGGCAAAUUGAGGAGCGACGCAAGAUUCACAACAAGAUGCAGCUCCUCAUGCAGGAGCAGCAGGCGCUGGACGAGCAAAUGCAGGACGAAAAGGAUCGUGUGGCUCCCAUUAGGGAGGCGCUCGUCAAGCGGGAGCCGGUUAGGCCGGCUAAUCCGAAUCCGCCCAGGGAGUACGCACCGAUCCGACCCGAUCUGGACAGUUGCCGACCGGGACCUUGGAUAUCCGCCACAGUUCUGGUGGCUACGGGCAACUACCAGCAACUCAGGAACACGCCAAAGCCCUACAAAACGAACGACAAAAGUGACCAGGCCGUGUCCCAACCUGAGAAGACGUCUCUCCCGGCAAACUCGACAUGUGGUGUGCCAGAACCCAUCACCAAGUUGGCCCAAGCCCAAGCCAACACCAAUCUGGACCAGACCAAUAUCGAGGAGCGGAUGGACAAGUGGCAAUCGGAGGACGAGUACUCCAAGGAAUCGUCUUGCUUGAAGUUGUGUCACCACUCUGUGAUCUCCAAAAGGGGAUAUCGCUAGUCAAGUAGAAGAAAAUCAGCAAAUCCAGCAAUUCAAUAACACUGUAAUAUCGCAACUCACCCGGACCGUGUAAUUUCCAGGACUUGGGCUAUAUCCCAUAUAAAUUUUGAUCAGCAGCGGGACCUUUGACUCGACAGCCUGCUCAUUGUGUUACACAGCGCAUCACAGGAUUCCUAUUUUUAUAAUGCUUGAAAACCCUUUGGAAAAGAUCAACCAAAUUCUAUUUUAACGCUCACAAUCAUAGGUGUAGUUUUAUAUAAGUUUUACAAAAAAUAUAUUUGGAAUAAAUCAAAACGGGAAUUUUUUAUGAUAACGAAA